UUUUUCGCAAACCAUUUUUUGAUUUGUUUAUUAAUUUAGGUUUGGUAAAGAUUUAUUCUGUGAUUAAAACAAGAUCAUGUUAUUUUAAAUACAUAUCGCAUGCGAUGCUACUGAAAAUGUUUUUAUAACCAAUGUCUUUGUGAGUUAUUUACGCGAAAAUGUCUGUGAAAAGAAAUGUACCAAAAAGUAAAUUUGUAGCAAAACUUGUGACCGAAGAAAAAGGACCGUGUGUGUUUUGCCAACGUGAUGUGGAUGACGAACUGACUUACGGCAAGCUGUAUGCCAUUGGUAGCAUAAAAUGCCAUUACUUCUGUGUUCUGCUAUCAUGUUGUAUGGUGCAAAAGGGGAGAGACAAGGAUGGCUUGUUUGGGUUUCUCUACCCUGAUAUCUUGGCCGAGAUUGAAAGAAGUAAAAAACAUAAAUGUUCCUACUGCAACAAAGAGGGUGCUACACUCGGUUGCUGUAUCAACCAGUGUCGGAAGCAGUUCCACCUGCCGUGCGGGAGGGAGAAGAAUGCUGUUUCUCUAUUCUACGGCUCUUACAAAUCGUUCUGCCAGCAACACACGCCGAAACAGAAGAUAGCUGAUGAUGUGAUGGCCAAGGCGAGAGUCCGGAUGCAGGCGGACAGGAGGAAGAUGAGGUUGAUGAAGGAAGGACAAUUAUUACCGGAGAAUAUGGGCGAGAGCUCGGAGCCAGAGUCUGUGUGUGUGAUAUGCUACGAGCCGGUGGAUGGUUACCCGACAAUACAGACGUUCUGGCCUCCCUGCUGCGCCCGGGACGCUUGGUUCCACAGGACUUGUCUUCAACGUAUGGCGUUAAGUGCGGGCAUGCACUACUUGAAAUGUCCUUUGUGCAAUGAUAAAGAUAAUUUCUACGAUGCUGUUGUCAGCCAAGGGUACUAUGUGCCAGACAGAGACGCAGCGUGGGAAUUGGAACAGAACGCGUUUGCGGAAAUCUACGACAGGCCAUUGCAUUGUGACGUUGGAGACUGCCAGUGUCCCAUGGGCCGGGGGCACGAUUCUGACUCGGGGAUGUGGGAUAUCAAGUUGUGCCUUCUUUGCGGUAGUAGCGGCGCCCACGCACACUGCCUAUCCCUACUGGGGGAGAGCAGGAUGGUGUGCGCUCUCUGCAAAGCGGCCAACACUGACGUGGAGCGCCUCGCCGAUGAGAUAGAAGCUGUAAUAGCAACAGAGCAGGCGCAGAUAUCGAGAACGGAACGUCGGCCCGUGAUGCCCAGCCGCAUGUCGCUGCGGCGCACCAAACAGAGGAUAGCGAACAGCGCCUCUUGUUCAAGAUAUCAAGAAACGACGUCCACAAAUGAAAAUAAAGCUUUAGAAAUCGCCUCAAGCCGCGAUGACCUCAACUUGAAGCCACCAAAGCGUCCGCAAACCAUUAGAAUUCAUAAUUCAAAGGACAAACAAUAUAUUGUGUCGCCGACCAAAAUCGACAGAACUCGUGUAUUGCAAGACAUUAAGAACAAAUUCGCGUCGCCGACGAAAAUUAUUGAGCAUCUGUACGAGAAGGUAUCCAUUUACAACGUGGACACGAGACUGGUCGAUGAAGCCAGAGAGAUUUUUCGGAAACCCAAACCUCUGUGCGUGAAGAGGAAAAUAGUAGAUAACGUAUUGGGCAACAUACUGAACAGCAUAGCGAAUGAGAAAACCAAAAACAAGGAUCCAGUUAAAGAGUGGUGUUCGCCGAAGAAAUUUCUAGAAAACGCUGACGUUACAGCUGAAGAAACUGUCAAGAUGAUCUCAAGAAAAGGAAAUAGUCCCCAUAAGGCUCCGGGCUCCUCCGGAAAAUUCGCGUCCCGUCCAUCACCCUUGAAAAUUGCUAUGUCACCCAAGAAAACAGCGUGUUGUCCAGAAAAAUCACCUAAAAAAAAUAUCCCCUUAAAAAUUAUAAUAGCUGAUAAAAGUGAAGAUAUAUCGCAUAAUACAAAUUUGAAUAAGUCUCCAAAUAAAGAAAUGCUUGAAAAUGAAAUUAAAGAAGAGAAUGCUUCUGAUGAUGAAUCGUCUAACUCUACAUUCCAAUUGCCACCAGAAUUCAUAGCGGAUGACAGUAAUGACAGUCUGCCCAUCUUCGAAACGCCCAAACUGAAAACUGUCGACAUACAAAAAGAUUCGAGCUUAGAAAUUUCCGAAAACGACGAAGUCGUCAACGUAAGCGUCGUCAAAAUGGAAGAAACAGCAUCGAGUACGGAUUUCGUGAAAAAUUUAGACUUGAAAAGCCCAAUGAAGUCUAAAAAGUGCGCUUUCAAAUUCAGCCCUCUAGAUAAUGAAACUUUAGAAAAAGAAAAUGUUGGUUUCGAUUUGGAGUGCUUCAAAAAUAGAUAUCUGAACGAGGUCGGUAGAGAUUUUAAGUGUAAAUUCAGACAUGAUCAUACCGUCUCUGAAAAGUGUUCGAAAUUGAGAACGGCUAUAGACUUCGCAAUGGAAGCGUCACGCGACAGAAAGAGGUCAUUAGCGGAAGACAGGUCAUUAGAAGAGAUUCCUGAAAAGAAACGGAAAAUUACUGACGGCACUGAAAAACAAAAGGAAAUAAAACGCGGUAAAUCUAAACGCAAAUCAAAAAAGAAAAAAAUUAAGGGUAAUACUACUGAUAUUAAAUUGAGUAAUGGUAAAGAUAAUUUGAAGCUGUCUGUACAAGGUAAAAGGAAGAAGAAGACGAGAGUGUCGAUAAAAGACAAAGAAAUUAAAGUGAAAAUACAAUGGAAAAAGGAAAAAGUGCAAGUAAAAAUUACAGAGUCUGAAGUUAAACAAGAUUGUCCCAAGUUAAAACAGUAUGUUUUGACAUACAAAGAUAUGAAUGAGCCCGUUUUAGAAAAACCUCAAUUCGACGUCACUCCCAUGAGAAGAAAGUAUGUGAAACAAGAGAAAUCGCCAGACAAUUUUAAACAAACGUCGAUUCAGAAUUUUUUUAAAGUUUCACUGCCGAUGAAAGAAUAAUUUGCAAUACAUAGGUACGACCGCAUGAAUGAACUGUAUUGACAGUUUGGAUUUUAACAGAACAAACUGCUUGUAUUUUUACAUAGAUGUUUCUAGAAAAAUAAUGAUAUAAUAUUUUUAAAUUUGUUUUCUAAGUUUUUAUAUUAGUUUUCGCGCUACUUUAUUUUGACAACUGUGUUUGUCUCGUUAUGAAUAACUACUGAUUUAGUAGUUUUUCAUGGUGUUUGUUUCAACUGCAAUUUUCAAAAAGCACUUGCAAUUAUUAUUAAGUUCUUUGAGGUUACUUGCUAUUGAAACAUAUUCGCCAAUAUAGUUUUUUAUUCUUUAUAGAUUAUAUAAUAAUUUAGUGGUCAGUUUCCUAGGAUUUACUUGUAAACUACUUAAUUUCAUAUGAAAGUAUUGAAUUAUUUUCAAUCGUGAACGAUUAUGUUGUUGUCAACUUUUUAAGUUGUAUUUAUUUUUGGGACUACAUAAAUGCAUUUAAAUUAAAUAUUACUUUCGCCAAAACUUUGAACGAGAAAAGAUAGUAACUGUUUAUUUACUACUACUAAUUACUGUAUAUUGUUUUUAUAUACUAAACUCUAGAUAAUUUCUAGGAAUUUUAUUUUUACAUAUAUACCUUCUAAACUAGUACGGCCUGCAAUAUAAUUUGUGCGUAAUUGUAUGCAAAAUAUUACAAUAUAUAUUAAUAUUAGCAUGUAGUGUUAUUUUUUUGAUAAGCAUUAAAAAUAUUUGAA